AUGACUGUGGCCACAGCCGAGCCCUCGGACGAGGCGGCUGCUCACCCGGGUCAACCCCAGGACUAUGAUCCUGAGGACGACCACGACUGUUGUGAAAGAGUGGUCAUCAACAUAUCCGGACUGCGAUUCGAGACACAACUGAAGACCCUGUCCCAGUUCCCAGAAACCCUGUUGGGAGACCCCAAAAAGAGAAUGCGCUAUUUUGAUCCUCUACGGAACGAGUACUUCUUUGACAGGAACAGACCAAGCUUUGACGCUAUAUUGUAUUACUACCAAUCAGGAGGCCGGCUCCGUCGUCCCGUCAAUGUCACCCUUGAUAUUUUCUCUGAGGAGAUUCGUUUUUACGAGCUGGGUGAGGAAGCCAUUGAGAUGUUCAGAGAAGAUGAAGGUUUCAUAAAAGAGGAGGAGCGACCUCUUCCUGAUAAUGAAUUUCAGAGACAGGUUUGGCUGCUGUUUGAGUAUCCAGAGAGCUCAGGACUCCAAAUCCUGGGUCAGACCCUCAAAGCUAGCAUGAGGGAACUUGGCCUUCUUAUUUUCUUCCUCUUCAUUGGGGUUAUCCUCUUCUCCAGUGCGGUGUUCUUUGCAGAGGCAGAUGAACCAGAAUCACAGUUUGAAAGUAUCCCAGAUGCAUUUUGGUGGGCUGUGGUGUCCAUGACAACAGUUGGUUAUGGUGACAUGGUCCCAACUACAAUCGGAGGCAAGAUUGUAGGUUCCCUCUGUGCGAUCGCUGGUGUGCUGACCAUCGCUUUGCCCGUUCCUGUCAUUGUGUCAAACUUUAAUUACUUCUACCAUCGUGAGACAGAAGGAGAAGAACAAGCCCAGUUCCUACAAGUUAACGUUCCCAAAACAGACUCCAUCGAGGAGCUGAAGAAGAGCAGAAGUGGCUCCAUCAUCAGUAAGUCAGACUAUAUGGAGAUCCAGGAGGCGGUCAACAACAGUAAUGAGGACUUUCAGGAGGAAAACCUGAAGACUACCAACUGUACUUUGGCCAAUACAAACUAUGUCAACAUCACCAAGAUGCUCACAGAUGUAUAA